AUGAGUACGGGGUUUAACAAUUUAUACACUGCAGGAAUAGCAACUGUCAAUCCAAAUCUUAUUCAGUAAUUUGGGAAUGGGUCAGCUUUAUUGGCACCAUUUUAAACUAGCUUUUUAGCGUCAAGUGAUUCAGGAGGGUAGUAAUAUGGAUAUGGGUUAGGCUCUGACCUUUAAGCCAGUAUUAAUAAUAAACUGAAAUAAAUUUAAACUAGUUCAUUGAGUCGUAUCAGCUCCUAGAUAAAAACUGAUAGCUACGAAGAGGAUGAUCAGUCGAAAACGAACUAUUAAAAUUUGCUAUAGCAAAGCUCCUCAUUUGGUGCAUUGAAUACAAAUCUAGAAGGAGGAAUUAAUGGGAAGCCAAGUAUAUCUGACUUCCUCAAAAAGGGUAAGAGCGGAAACGGAUUGGGAGGCCUAGCUUCUUCAGGGAGAGUAAGCGCUGUCAAUUUAAAUUAAGUCACUUCAAAUCCAACACAAGAGCUAAAUAUAAAUUUACUUAGUGAUAUCAACAAGUCCAAUGGCCCGAUUUCAGUAUUACCUUAUCCCAUUUUACAGUCAAAUUUUCAGCCAAAAAAAUCAAACAGAGGAAGAAAACCUAAAGGCUAUUAUUAAGAUAGUCCAAAUGCUUAAAUGUACAAUAAGAUCAUUAAUUCAUCAGCAAGUACCAGUGCUUAUAUCCCGCCACUGGUUACUAAUAGAUUUCAGAUUUAAUUAACCAUAGAAUAGCACGACGUUAAGUAUACCACUUGGUUUGAAAAAGACAAGUUCUCAAGCAUGCUUGAUUAUUUCAAGCACUUAGCUAAUUAAUACAAACUCAACGAUCCCAAAUCUUUUAAUAUAGCCAAUGAGCUUACACCUUUGCUUUAUAUUAGUGAUAUUAAUGAUAUCAGAGAAGGUGAGUCCUAUAUUUUGUCCAAAAGAAACUCAAUAUCAAUCUAGGAUACUUCCAUAGCUGAUAAACUCACCUAUUUACACAAGACCGGUUAGAGAUUUAAUCCAAAUCAAUUAGAUGAUGGCACUUUACCUGUAAGCUAUACCAUCCCCGAUAGGAUAUUAUUCUUCAACACUAAAACUCAAAAUAGAGACUUGAAGGAUAAUCUAAUCUUUGAUUUCUCAAAGCCUGCUGAGAAUUUAAAGCAAACCAGAGUCUCAUCUAGAGCUGUAGAGAGUAACAACUUCGGCGAUAAUCAAAUGUACAAUUAAUUAGCCAGACUAAGCAGCAGCAUAGCUAGCCUUGAAAAUCAAAUGCAGACCAAGAAGAAUGAUAAAUAGGCGAAGCAUGCUAUAAUAAACACUAACGGAUUUUAAAAUCAUUUAAAUCCAGAAAUACCAAUACUACCCAAUAUCAGCCUAAACAUUUCAAACAAUGCAAUGAGCAAAGAUGAUCUUUAAACUGCUUAAUUUACUCAAAAUUUGUUCUAAAAAUUCUAAGAACUAGAUAAAGACAUAGUCAGAGAUGAGUCCCAGUGGGAAGGGUUAGAGAAAUACAGUGAUGAUGACAAUUCUGGCAGUUCAGUUUCCUCGUCAAGACAAAGUAAUGGUGUAAAUAAGCAGUAACAGCAAUAAUAAUAAUAGCAACAGACUUAACCUGAUCAUUAGUCAAUACCAAAGAAGAGAGGUAGAAAGCCUAAGUUUCUAAAGUAAGAAACAGAGACAUUAGAAAACAAGUCUAUUUUCGAUCACCUUUAGAGUCUAAAGGGUUAGCUUGAAAACACUAAUGCAAGAAGAGUAAAGAGAAAUAGAAUGGCAGAUGGAGUUUUCAGUAAUCUCGAAAGACCAGAUAAAUUUGACUUUAUCGAAAAGUAAAGAGUGUAAAGACACUAAGAAAUUGCUGGAAUGGCCUCAUAAACCACACUUAAAAUUGACAACUCUUAGGCAGGUUAUAAUGGAGAAGACCCUGAUUUGAAGAGCGAUAUUAUGGGUGAGGGUGCUUUGAAAAGAGGAAGAAAAAUGACUUCAAUUGAGUUAAGAUUGAGAGCAUCCUAACUAAGAUAAAAUAAUACAGCUCUAGGAGUGAAUCAAGAGGUAUUUAUCCCUUAGUUACAAAAAGCAGAGUACAUCUAUGACUAGGCUAAAGAUAAAGAGAUAGGGGAAGAGUUUAAUGAGAUAUCAAAGCAGAUAUAAAGCAUCUUGAAUCAAAGCUCUAUUAUGAGUAGCACCAAUGGGUAGUCCAAGCCAAGUGAUUUCCUGAAGUAAGAGAAAGAUCAAAGUGAAGAGAAACUUAAAAAGAUUUAUGGCUUGAAGAUGGAGAAUCAAGAGUAGAUCGAGUCUAAAUUUAUUCCAUAGUCUGCAAAUUUGAGGAAGAAGUUAAAGCAUGACGAGAAAAUAUAUAAGUACAAUGUGGUACCUAAGGAAUGGGCUGAGGCAACAGCUUCUGAAAUCAAAGUAAAAGCAGAUCAAGAGUAUCACUACAGUCUGACAACUAAAUUAAUAGGAUUUAUCCCUUGGGAUACCUGGGUUCCACCUCCUAUACCUUAUAAAGAACUAGGAUACGCAAGACUUCUAUAUCAAAAAGGAGAGAAGCUAGUCACUAUGACAGCAGAUUUCGUGGACUUUGCCAAUGAUAUUGGUAAUAUUACAUCAAGAAACAACUUGAUAAUCAAAGGUAAAAUAAUUAUUUAUUUUUAAGACUUAUUUUUAGUAAAGAGAAUGAUGGUUUAAAGAGGAUUCAGAGCCAGUUUAUAAUUUGUAAAAUCAACCAGAGAGAUGACAUGCACACUUCUAACGAUUAAUUGCUCAAGGUGUGGAAAGCCAGACAUCAAUACUAAAUUCUCUAGAUACAAAAACUCCUGUCCAUUCCAGAUGACUUUCCUAAGGAAAUCGGCUAUUCAAUUCAUUCAUAAGAGAAAUAACUAGCUGGCUCAGGCGAAGCUACACAAGAAGUCUUAGUAUGCACCUCUGGGUUAUGAGGAGCAGAGUGCGAUAAACUUUAACUUUUCAACUAACGAAAAUGGAGAAUUCGGAGAUCUGUGCUUUAGGCAUAACGAUGAUGCAGAUAUCAAUCCAAAUAUACCUGAGUAGUAUAAGAAGUUCAGUAAGAUGCUUGAGGAGAUAGACAUCCCUAACGAUCCCUAUUUCUUGUGGAAGUAUAGGUCUUUUCACAAUCAUGAAAUGGAUACCAAUUUGAUAUCUGGAGCAGAUUAGAUCAAGCCCAGAGACUUACACAGAAAAGGAGCUUUUAAUGCUAUUCCAGAGACUCAUCUAGCUAUUUAAGAGUUGAGUUUUAAGUAUAAGAACGAAGUCUUAGAUGAAAUAAAAAAGAGAGACAAUGUGACCAUUAACAUGGAUGAUAUUAUCAACCCAGACUCGAACGAGAUAGAUGAAGAUGAGUUAGACUUUGAGGGCUGUACCUAUGGCAUGAUUGAAACCAUGUCCACAGUGUUUAUGUUUGAUCACGACAUUGACUAAAUUGCUCAUAUUAGAGUAGUUGAGCCUCUUGGCUUUGAGCCUUAGCUUUUGGUGCUAGAUUUAACAACCUAGGAUGACUUUGUAGACAACUCAGCUAUUAUAAAGAAAUAUGAUUAUCUCAUGUCCACUGCUGUAAAUACUAAAAAAGAAGACCUCUCUGGCAGAUGGCCACCUUUGAAGUCGCAGAUAAAUCAUGUUAUGGAGUGCGUCUGGAAGUAUGUUACCAAGAUCUAUGAGCAUGUAGCCAGAAGAAUUAGAAAGGGUGGAGCUUAUUCAAUUAAAAAAUACAAAAAUGUGAAGAGAGAUGCGUAUAAAUACUUUGAUGAAAAUGGCAUCCCUAGGCCUGUCAGAGUGAUCGGGGUAAAGAAACCUACCUAGCCCAAGAAAACACCUGAAACUGAGAUUGACUCACUGAUGAAAGCUCUACACGGAGGAAAUAAGAAUGGAAAUGAAAAGCCAAUGAAGUACUAGCAGCAAAAUCAGGAUGUGAUUAAUAGCGAAGAUGAGUACAUGGAUGAAAGCUAUAGGUCCAGUGGACCUCAAAAGCUCAAUAAAUUUGAAGAUAUUGUCAAUGAUGAAGAAAGUAACUAUAAUAUUUACAAUUGA